GGACGUGUGAAGCAGAGCAACUCAAGGCAUUUCCCAUUCCAUAUCAGAAGCAGACUCUAGGGCUGAAACAAGAUCCAGGCUCCAAUAAAAUGGACUACAUCCAGGCAUUUGAGAAGCUUCAGACAGCUGCAGCUAGGAUGAGAAGUCUCAUAGUACAGCUUUAAACAAGAAAAUGUUGUCUAAAAUCUAAGCCAGCUCUUACCUAGAACCGAGUUGAACAAGCCUCAAGGACAUGAACAACAUUGCUGACAUCUCUCGGAAGAGCUGCCCAGACAGCUCAAUGCUUGAAGGAAAUCCAGUUUCAAGGCUUUGUAUCAGACCUGGCUGUGUGGAAGAGUUUGAAGAAAUUAAGAAGCCCACCUCAAGUACUGCGGGGGUUCAAGCCAGCUUGGAACAAUGCCAGGUGAGCAACUGCAGUGAAGCUCCUCUCUCCAGCAACGACACCCCCACAAGUCAAAGUUCCCUGCAGUGCCACUUUGUCAGUCUAAAGCAGCAGAUGGCCAGGCAGAAGGCAGAGUAUGAAGCUAAGAUUACAAGCUUGGAGCAGCAGAACAAAGAACUGCAGUUAGAGAUUAAGGAUCUGCAUUCAAAACUGGGUCAGCAACGGAAGUGGUAUCAUUUGGUAGAGAUUAAAAUACGCAAUGCAGAAAGGGCUCGGGAAGAUGCGGAGAGAAGAAAUGCAACUCUUCAGAGGGAAAUGGAACAGUUUUUUGAUACUUUUGGAGAAUUAACAAAAGAACUGAAGGCUCCAGAGCAAAAUGCUCAGAGUUUUUAGAAACAGGCCUCCAUCUCAAUAGAAGAAAUCUGUUCUAUAACUCUUCCAAUCUAUAUGCAAAGGUGAAUUUUUCCUCCAAAUAUUAACAUUUUGACCCUUUCUCUUGCUUACAUUUUUAAAUACAUUAAAUACUUAAAUACUCUGUCAAAGAGUGCAACAUGCAGUUGCUUAGUCUGCAUUCUUACUGUAGAGUCAAACUGCAGAAAUGUGGAUUUUUAACACUAAAAGUAACAUGGAAAAAAGAACAGGGGAGACUUGGUAUUAAGGAAGAAUUAGAAUGUUGAGGAACAUUUUGAGGUACAUUUUGGAAAUUUGGAAUGUUGAGGUACAUUUUGGAAAAGUGCAAGGGGGUUGUGUAUCUUCAAAGGAAGGCUAGGAAGAAAAGGAUAGAGAAAAGAUGCUAGGGAAGAAAUGUCAUAUUUGGGGGAGGAAUGCUUUGGUUUCUGCAAUGCUGCUGAUAGGAUUUCUUUUUUGGAGAAACUCCUUUGCUACAAAAUAGGCUAUAUUAAUGAUUGCUUUUUGUGCAGACCCUAUGUAACAAUCCCACUCCCCAUACAAACUCUGGAGCCCUGUCAGGAUACCAUGGCAUUACUUCACACUGCACAUUUUAAAGCUUCAAGCAGAAUGGCUUAAGGUCAUGCUGCAUAAAAAUGAAGGUCUGUUUUCUGCCUCUACAUUGAAGUUAUGGAAAUUGUGCUGUAUGACACACAAAGCCACUAUUAUGAAAGAAACCACUCAGGGAACAGUUUGCUGCACUUUGAGGGCAGGGGGUCUGGAUGAAAUCCAGAUGUACUGACUUAUUUGUUGUGGAUGACCCCCCUCCCCCCAAUAAGGCCCAUCUUGCACUGAGAACUCUGGAAACUAAAAACUCUGACUUUCUACAGUCAAUGUGACUUUCACAGUUCAAAAUCUGAAAAAAAAAAUAAUACAGGGCAAGUGAUCAAAGAUUUUCCUUCUAAUGGAGUGCAAGUGUAAGCUUCAGUUGGGUCCUCAAGCUUGAAUCCUGGAAAGCAUACUAAGAUUGCAACAGCUUAUCCUUGGGUUACUGGGAAGGACUGUAAUUCUCUAUUAAGUUAGAAGUGCAAUUUUUUGUUGUUUUCUGAAAUGAAUUCAUGCUUCUCACUUAUGACUGACUUGGCUAGAUGUCCAUGCUGUGUGCUGUAAUGCAGACCAUCCAAAGAAACUGGAGAAAUAAAAAAAAGAUUAAUCUGC